AUGUUGGGUGUCUCAAAGUUGCGGGAGGAGUUCCCUUUGCUUCUCCACCGGCAUAAACGGAUUGAGCCCGUGGUCAUGCAGCAUAAAAGGCAUGUUGCCGCGGGACGGUGUCGCGAAUGGCCUCUAUGGGCACAAGCUUCGUUACCAGUGAUACCUGAAUCCAACAAGCUUCGAGGAGGAUCCGAAUCUCAAGGAACUGGGCUGCUACUCCUUCUUCCUAUCCUAGUAGAUGCUUUUGUCUACAUUCCUUCUCAUCCCAGCUAUUCUGUGAAUAAACCGCUGUACGAAAUCUACGAGGCAACUACGAGGCAGCACUCUCUUAUUCGGCCCUGGAUAAUCUCCCCCGUCUCCCCAUCUCAGGCAGCAAGCAUCCUUGACCCAACUAGCCAUGACAUUCUUUACCUAAGAGGUCAAGCUUCAAAGGCAGCCGGCUACAUGAUCUCGCACUCAAUAGGGAAAGCACCACCACCAACGAGCUACUGA